AUCACAUUAUUAUUUUCAUUGACAUCAUUUUCAAGAUAAUCUUUUUUUAUCCUUUCUUCUUUCUUUUUUUAUUGAGAGAAAAAAAUGGGUAUCUUUGGCGACGAUAUUCAAAAGACUUCUAUCUCACUUUAUAUUGAGAGACUUUCCAAUCUCGAGGAAGUUGACUGGUACCUCUUACAGCAACUUACAGAGUCUAUUCAAAUGCAAGAAAACGGACCGAGAGAAGCUAUUGAAACAGUACGAAAGAAGCUCAAGCAUGGCGGAACUCAGCAAAAGUUGCGCGUAUUAGAAGUAAGCUUUAAAUGUUAACUUCUUUGUAUUGAUUUGCGAUUAGGUUCUUAAAUUAUUGAUGGAAAACAGCAACCAACAAUUCCAUAGACAAUUUCUUGCGAAUGAAAAAAUGAAGGAACGAUUUGAAUUGAUUUUAACCUCACCUAGUGAAAAUUCUGCAGUGAAAAAAGAACUCGUUUCUCUUUUAGGUGCAUGGGCUGUUAAGUACAAAAAUGAACCUGGUAUGAGAGCCGUUGGAGAGUUAUAUGAAUUGGGUAGAAGUGGAAGACGUGCUCCUCCUCCUCGUCCGAAAGUAAGUACUGGCAGUGACGGCACGCCUACUUCUCCACAAAUGAAAUCGCCUACCACACCAAUUACACCAUCAAGAGCACUUGUCACAUCGCCUAUUCCAUCACCUCCUCGCCGCCGUUCUCCUUCACCUACUAGAGAAGAAAGACGUCGAUCCUUUCCUCCUCCUGCCCCUGCUGCCACUAUCCCUUCUUCUCCUAAACCAACAGCAAAGCAGACAAAACCUCGUAGCCAUAGCUCAGCAGCAUCUACCAGUCGACCUGGCACUAAUACGACUCGUGUAUUUAACUUUGAAAAAGCUAAACCCAGAAUCUUGGAGGAAAUUGCUGUUGCCAACAGUAAUUUAAACAACUUGGUCAAUGCAUUGAAACUCAUCAAUACAUCAGAAGAUCGAUGGGAAAUUGAACUUCAACACGAUAAGCGAUUGCAAGAAUACCAUGAUAAAUGUGAAGAAUCCAAAAAACGCAUUGUGCGCUAUGCACGUUUAGUGGAGGAUGAAGAAUGGAUAGGUACUUUGUUGGCUACCAAUGAGGAACUUUUGAAAGCAUUAGAUAUGUACGAUAUCAUGUUAGUAGGCCAGAUUCCAGCUGCUUGGUUGCAAAAUCAACAAGUGCUAGCAACACAUCGUCUUGAGUACCAAGAACCACCUAAAGCCAUUCGUGCUCCACCACCUCCACCACCCAACAAGCUUGCGUUAAAUCUAGAAGAUAUGCAAAUCUCUAAAAGGAAUGAGCCUGAAGAAGAUGAUGACCCAUUUGCUGAUCCUCCUACACCUAUUGAAGAUGAAGAUCGAAGGGGUUAUUUGUACUAGUUACACUAUUUUUAUUUAGUUGCACAACGAUAUACUUGCUUAAUAAAACAGAAUUAUAUACUUACUUACAACA